AUGUCGCCGUGGCUGUGCGCCAGCGCGCGGGCGCCGCGAACCGGCCGCGCACUCGAGGAGACGCGGACACUUACGGCAACGGAGACGAUGACGCACAAUCGUGCCAGCGGCGCCCCGCGUCACUGCGACUUCUGCGCUGGGGCGCCGCCCUGGGCCAGCCGCCAGGAUUUGACCUCGCGGGCCCGCCACGUGACGAAGCACCAGGCUGCGGACGUCGAGGACAGCUUCUCGCGCACCGCAGCGCUCGAGGCAUCGCGGCUGCGGCCCUAUUCCGAGGCCUUGAGGCACGUCCGUGUCAAAAACAAGCGCUACACGGAACCUGACAAGCUCUUCAUGCCGUACGCGUCAUGCGCGGAGCUCUGCAGAACGGUUUCCGAGGCGUUCCACACCGCUUCCCGCGAGACCGAGCGUUCUUUGUCCGACGCGGAUGUCUCCCUCAGCAGCACCCGCGGCAGACUUGGCCUUGCGGGCCAGUACGAAAGUUCCGUUUUCCAGUUCGACCGGAUGCAGGGCAUUUUUGAGCGGCUCGAGAUUCCACAGUGGAGCGCCAGUCCCAACGAGGGAGAUUGGUCGGGAGUCUUGGUGAUGGCCAGAGAUUGGAUUGGACUUUACGAGGUCGAGGGAGGCAGAGUGGGGCCGGAGCCCACCACCGACAUGUUCGUGGCCAUCUGCUACGGCGAGGAAGUCACGGUGACGCCGGGGAACGCGCUCAUCUACGAUCAGACGCUGCCCUUCGCGCCCCUGGGUCGCUUCGGCAACGGCUUCCUCGGCAGGCUGGAGUGUGCCCAGAUGCCGAACCCGGUGCUGCAGGGCGUGUCCUUCAUCGACACACCGGGAGUCCUCUCCGGGGAGAAGCAGCGGCUGAAGCGCGGCUACGAGUACCAGGAGGUGAUGAGCUGGUUUGCGGAGCAGGCGGCGAUGAUAAUCGUCUUCUUCGAUGCGCUCAAGUCAGAUGUUUCUGAUGAGUUGAAGCAGUGCAUUGGCGCUCUGGAGGAGUGGAGCAGCAAGAUUCACGUGGUACUGAAUAAGGCCGACCAAGUCACAACCCAGGAACUCCUGAGAGUGAACGGGGCGUUGAUGUGGAACCUCGGCAAGGUGUGCGACACCCCAGAGGUGACGAAGGUGUACGUGGGCUCGUUCUGGGACGGCCCGCUGCGCAACAUGGAGCUGCACGACCUCUUCGACCGGGAGCAGGACGACUUGUACAGGCACAUCGAGCAGCUGCCUUUGAGCUCGUCGGUUCAGCGGAUCAACGACCUGAGCAAGCGUGCUCGUCUGGUGAAGGUUGGGUUGGGUGUGAUACGGGG